CGUCACUCAAGAUAGUUUAGUUGAAAUAUCUGGUGAUUUCAGACUUGUGUUGAGUUAUUUCAAUGAAUAAUGUUUCACACAUGGCUUUUAUUGUGUUUGUUCUUGUGGCAUGUGUUCGGUGUGUUUGAUGUUGAUCCAGAUAAAGUGAAGUCAGUGUCAGUGAUGGAGGGAGAUUCUGUCACUUUACACACUGAUCUUACUGAAAUACAAGAUAAAGAUGAGAUCAACUGGAGGAUUAGACCUGAAAACAUUCGCGUCGCUAGAAUCAAGACAAAGAUCUUCAAUACAUAUGAAAAUGUUCUUGGUGGGAGAUUCAGAGGUCGACUGCAGCUGAACCAUCAGACUGGAGAUCUCACCAUCACAGACAUCACAACUGAACACACUGGACUUUAUCAACUAAACCUCAUAACUGGGAAGAAAACAACAAAUUAUUUCAGCGUCACAGUUUCUGCUCUGCCGGUUCCUGUGAUCAUCAGAGACUCUUCUCAAUGUUCUUCAAGCUCUAAAUGUGUGUUGGUGUGUUCAGUGGUGAAUGUGACACAGGUGACUCUCUCCUGGUACAAAGGAAACAGUUUAUUGUCCUCCAUCAGUGUGUCUGGUCUCAGCAGUACUGUAUCUUUACAUCUGGAGGUGGAAUAUCAGGAGAACAACACCUACAGCUGUGUGAUCAACAAUCCCAUCGGAAACCAGACUAAACAUCUCAACAUUACUGAAGUCUGUCAGACGUGUUCAGGUGAUUGUGUUCACUGUUGUAGUUUCACUGAAGCUGUGAUCCGAUUGGUCCUCUCUGCUCUGGUGGGCGUGGCUUCUGUUGCUGUACUCGUUUAUGACAUGAUAUCCAGAAGAGAAGUGACAUCACCAUCAUGAAUGCCAAAUAAUA